CAACAUAACGGAGUCUAAUCCUUGUCUCUGUUUGGGCGAGUGCGGGGCGCAAUUGAAAUCGUUCAGAAUGUUUGGUUGUAUUUAUCAAUUAUGGGAUUGGUUAGAAGCGCCCCCGCUGUUUUCAGCGGCCACCAUGGACGCCAAGAAAUUGCAACAAUUACAACAAUCACAAAAUGUCCAAAAGAAAAUACCAUUGGCCUAUCAGACUAACAUUGCCGACUAUCGUACCGCCACCCAUUCACCAGUCUUCCAACAGCAGCAGCAUCAUCAACAACAGCAUCACCAUCAGCAACAACAUGGCGGUGGCGGCUAUCACAUGUCCAAUAGUCAUAUGAAUAGUGGUGGCGGUGGUGGUGCCGGUCAUUAUCAACAAAGUCCCACGACGACAUCAUCGAGUGGUCCACUCUCACCCAUUGACAUCCAGCCACAGGCUAGCAAAUUACUGCUGAAACAUCAAUUACAAAAUUCCGGCAGCGGUGGUAGUUCCAUACAAAGUUCACCCUAUCAUCAGGCCUCAAUAUCAUCGGGUUAUCCUACCAGUAGUGGUGGUGGUACCGAUCAGCUCUAUCAAUCGCCACCGGAGCGUACAUAUAUGCAGGCGGCAGGUCGUUUGGGUUCCAGCAAUGCUACGUCUAUGGCCCUGCAGCAGCAAUAUCAACAGAUGCAACAGGCUAAGUUGCAGGCCCAAAUAGCUUCGCAAAAUGAGGCCAUACAACAGCAACAACAGAGGAAUUUUGCCAUGCGUCAAGCUAUGAAUUCAGCUGUGCCACAAGGUCAUUAUCACAUGUCACAACAACAGCAGCAACAAUCAACGCAACCUCAACAGCAGCAGCAGCAGCAACAACAGCAUCGGGCUCCUCCAUCUUCAUUGAAUUUAACCAAUCAAUUUCAACCAGCCUCAGGACCCCUAAAGGUCAAUCAGCAAAAUUCACAAAAAUCCUCCCAGCAAUAUCAACAGCAGCAACAACAACAACAGCAGAAUCAACAACAACAACAGCAAGAGCAAAUCUAUGGCCAUCAUCAGCAUUCCCAACACAGCUCAGCUCAGCCAGUGUUCCAGCAGAUGCAUCACCAUGCCCUGCAACAUCGUUCCAAAUCCGAUUUACAAACACCUGGCAGCAGCAAUGAUCAAAGUCCAAUUUACAUUCAACAAAAUCAUCCUGGUCAUGUGGUCAAUCAGGCAGUGCAGACACAAAUCUCCACUGUAGCCAAGGCCACAACCAUUACAAAAACACCCAGCUCAGAAGAUUCCUCAUCGGCAUCGGCUAAAAGCCCCACACAUGCCCCAUUGGAUCGUAAGAAAUCCGCUGGCAGUUCCAAUUCUCAAGCUCAGGCUUUGAAAUCGCCCAUUACAAAGAGACCACCCAAUUCACCCGUUACCAUUUCCGGUUGGCUCUACAAACAGGGAUCCGAUGGCCUUAAGGUUUGGCGUAAACGUUGGUUUGUCCUGGCCGAAUAUUGUCUCUACUAUUACAAAAGCCCUGAAGAGGAAAAAGUUUUGGGUUCCAUUCUCCUACCUUCCUACAAGGUUUCCGCCUGCUUGCCAGAGGAUAAAAUCUAUCGCAAAUUUGCUUUCAAAUGUGAACAUCAAAAUAUGCGAACCUAUUGGCUGGCUGCAGAAAAUGCCGAGUCCAUGGUGCAAUGGGUUAGGGCUCUAAGUGCUGCCACAAUGAUGCAGGCUCAUGGCAGUGCUGGAGAUUCAUCGGAACAUCCUAGUGGCUCCUCGUCAGUCAAUCACAGUGGUGAAAAUUCAGAUUCGGGUAUUAACACCCUGCAAAGUAAAAUGUCCGGACAGGGACAAGUAACACCAGCCUCCGAUAAUGGUGGUGGUGUUACGGCAUCCAGCAGCAACAGCGGUGGAGGAGCUCAGCCCCUAUAUGCCAAUGCUCCACCCAAACCAAGACGCAUUACUGAUGGUGGUUAUUCCUCACCAUCUCCCGAACACUCUGUGGAUAAUGAACGUACACGAUCAAGUCAGCCACAAACUAACAAUGGACGUCGAAGUGGUAUUAUGUCACCUACAUUACAACAAAUGCAGCAACAUCAAUAUCAACAACAGCAACAACAACAGCAGCAGCAACGUUCCCAACAUCAUGCCAUUUAUGAUACACGAACGGGUAAUGUCUCAUCGACCAUACGCAUACCCCAGGCUCAGGCCAAUUAUAAUUUGGAUAACCUCGAUGCACAAUAUCAACAGCAAAUGACCUUGAGUCCAGAAGAAUAUCCUUCAUCCCCACUGGGCAGUCCAUCCCAAUAUAUGGAUGCCCAAAUGGAACAACAAAUAAUGCAGUUGCAACAACAACGCAUGGCAGUCGAUGACAUAUAUGGUGAACGUGAAUUAUAUAUGCAACGUUUAAUACAACAGCGUUAUCCUCCCAACAUGUCAGGUUAUGGUGCAGCGGAACGUCGAACUCCAGAUGCUUAUGGUCGUUCGAAAAAUCGUAUAUUUUCCGAUUAUGAAGAUAUUUAUAAUUUAACAGCAGCUGAGACGGCUGCUCAAGCAGCAUUGUUGCAAGAGGCUGCCAGUUAUCGGAGACCCCUGUCACCACCCAGCUAUGAGGAUAAUAAAUAUUUGCCCACAGUUCCAUCGCGUUAUACACCCAAUCAUUUGGAGCUCUCCGCUGUUGGUAGCAAUCUCAAUUUACGCUCAAGACCCACCGCCGGUCUUGUACGUCCACAUUCUGCUGAUUUCUUGGAGUACGAAGCACGCGCCGAAGCGGCUUCUGAUGCUGCUGCUGUAGCAGCCGCUACAGCCAUGAUUAAACCCGAUCCCGUACGUGCACCACGCCCUAAAUCAAGUUUAGACAUCAAUCGUACACCCGAUAGUUUUUACUAUUCCGAAGAGAAUUAUGCCGAGAAAAUGCGCAAAAGUGCUUUGUAUUUACAAAAUCCACAAGCUCAACCACAACCGGCGGCUGGUUCAUAUCGCAUGGCCACCGGCUCUACAGAUUUCCUUAGCCCCGUAGCCAGUGGCAUGAAUACCAUUGCCUAUGAGAAUCCCUAUGAGCGGAUCUAUAAACGUAACGAACUGUUGCAAGAUGCUUUAGGUAAUCAAGCAGGUCAUACUAGCAUACCACGUAUGAGUCGUUCACAAACAAUGGGCAAUGGGGCCCAGAUUCGUUCAUCCUCCACUCACCCACAUCAUCCACUAUCACCAACGGGCACAACAUAUCAGCAACAGCCACCACCGCUGCAUACGCCAUUACUUUCAUCCGGUCUCACAACACAAGAAAUUAUCCAACAAAAUGAACAGUUCCUACGUUCAGCUAGUGCUCGCUUACCUAAACGUUCAUCCACAUUUGAUGAUGAACCACUAUCUACGACCACAACCACUACAACACCCACUUCUCCUCCUCCUCCAUCCACAGGCACAACAGCAGCAACAACUCCGACUGCAGGUGGCGGCAAUGCUGCGGCAGCCGCCACCACCGCCCAUCUGGAGGGCGAACGUAAGCGAGAAGAGUCCAUGAAACGUUUGCUCGAGUGGAAGCAGCGUAUGUUACAAUCACCGCUAACACGUAAAUCAGCCCAGCGUUCCAGUUCAAAUUUAACUGCCAUGUCUAAAUUGGGUAGCAAUCCCAACAUCCUGUUAACGUCGACCACAGUGGCCAGUGGUGGUAUCCAUUUGGCGAAAGGUGGCAGUAACAGUAUGGCUGGUGGCAGUACAGCUGGUAUAAUACAACGUCGACGUUCGGAAAGUCAGGCCAUAAGUGGUACGAUAGCAGCAACGGCAGCUGGUUAUAAUUCCUAUUCUUCGGAUGAUGAAGCUGGAACAAUUACUAAAGCGCCGGCAGGAAGGUCUUCUCUACGUGCCGCCAGCACACCACCCAACAAUAGCAACAACAAAAAUUUCACUAGUAUCAUCACCCCAAAAACCACCAACAACAACACUACAGCUAUACGAAAAUCCCAAGUUUCGCCAUUAGCCGCCAUUGGUCUGUUGACUAGCGGUGGCCAUGGCGGCGGCGUUGGUCAAGAAACUUUGGAGCAAUACAACAACAAUAACACAGCUAGCAAUGACGACCAUGACAAGGCUAGGAUGGCAAAGCCAAAGAAAACCAUUACCAUAAAUGACAAGGCAUUAGAACAAGAAGAAAAAUAUCCGGCUAAUAGUUUAAGUAAUCCACUAGAUCCGCUGCCAGGCGGCACUUUAGGAAGUCAGGAAUUAUGUUCUAGUUUAGCAAAAACAAAUAGCCAACCCACAUCACCCCAGAUUUCAUCCUAUGUACCGGUCUACAAUACCAAAACAUUGACACCAUCAAAGCCCAGGACAUUAUCCACUACUGAAGAAGAAGAAGACACAACCUCGACCCAUGAAAACAAUUCCCCCGAAGAUUGUGAAAAAAUUAAAAAUGAAACAGAGGCUAUACAAGAUGCUGAGGCCACACCCAUCCUAAUGAAUUUGAAGCGGUUCAAGGAAAAGGAGGAACAACGUUUACAAUUCCAAUUGAAUUUAGAUAAAAUCGAAUCCGCCGACCUCGGUGAGGACUCGGAAACCCCAACCCAAGAAACAAAAUCAAUUGUUGAAGAAUGUGAAAGUAAAGAAGAAAUUUCGAAAACCAAAAACUUAAAUGAAGAAGGCGAGGAUGAUGACGAGGAAGAGGACACUGCCUGUGAAUAUACCGAUGAUGAUUUGGAUGAAGCCUUGGCCGAAGAGGCUGACGAUGAGGAAGGCACUAACUUGGAAACCUCCCAACUUAUGGACGAAGGGGAGGAAGAAAUUUCCCAGAUUUAUGAAAAUGAACCGAUCACCCCAUUAGAAUCCAAUCAACCCAAUUUGGAUGAAUCUCAUUAUUUACCCAUGACACCUAAAAAACUGGACACCGAUUCUGAAACUCCGGGAAAUGUUUCCUUGGUCUCAAUGUUGGAUGUAAGCAAUGAGGAAGAGAGGGAGGAAAAUCAUUAUGUGGAAAUGACCAAACAGUUACAAGAGGAUGAUUCUAAAUCGAAUUAUGAGAUUAUGUGCCUAAGGCAGUCCUCACCCAGUAGUACCACCACACCCGCUGGUAUUGGUGGGGCGAAACCUAAACAGCUAAAAACCUUAAAUGAACCACUCUAUAUGGAGUUGCAGGGUGGCAAACAACCGAGUACUCAAAAAUCACCAAAAGAAAACAAAAAAGAAGAUGACACCAUUCUGCCACCGCUAAAGACCUCAACCUUGAAAAAAUUAAAGAAAUCCACAGAUACCCUGAAAAAGAAAUCCAAAAAAUCCCAACAGGAACGGUCGCAUCAAAAACGUAAAGAUUUGCCCGAUAUUCUCAAGCCCUCACAAUCGUCGAUGGUUUUAAAUUCCGAUAGCUCAGAUGCCGACGAUGAAUCUUCCAAACAUAUGGAUUCAAAGAAAAUGAGAUCACGUUCCAGAUUUAGUCUAUCCGAUACGUUUAGACCAGCUUCGUAUUAUCUUGGAGCCUCCACACCACUCAACGAUUGCAUAGAAAGUUCAGACAGUGAGAUUGUAUCACCACCACCCAUACCCAAUUCACCACCACCAAUGGAAGAGCUCAAAACUGAAGAGAUUUUCUCUUCGGAAAAUUAUGAUACGGUAAAGCGACGUGAUAGCUCUUCGGGUAGUAAAUUUGAUAUAUCCUACGAACAGUUACCGCAGAAGAUUCAUGCCAGCAAUACUUCACUGAAUUUACCCAAAAAUGAGGCCACCCUUAAGAGUAGUCGCCUAUCGUUGCCUGAUCACUUCCGCAAAGUGAAAAAUCUCAAAUCACCUCAUUUGCAUUUACUCAAACAACAUGAACGUACCCUGUCCGAUUCGAAUUACAGCUUUCAGACGGAUAAUAGUUCCAAUACAUCAUCUGAUUUUGAUUUGUACAAUAAAUUGAAACAGAAUUCACCCUCGUUUAUUGCCACGCCCAUUCGAUACCAAUCGAAUUCGUCGUUGACACAAAACUCCAAAAGUUCCCUGUCGGGAACGGGCAAUAAUAGUGAAACGGACACUGUGGAACUAAGACACAGACAAGGUUCCGAUUCAGAGCUGGAUCGUCAACGUUCUCGACGACCCUUAUCCCAGGAAUCGAUAAGUGAAAUUGAAUCACUAAGUGAGAAAUUUGAAGAUGCCCUUGAUGCAGCCGAUUUAGAUUCGUAUUUGAAUAACUUACAAAAUAACGACAUCUACGUCUAUCACAAUACGAAGUUUGAAACACCUCCCAGUAAUUUGUUAACAGAUGCUGCCGCUGCCCAGGGUGCUGGAAUUUUAACAAAUCUGAUUAAACCCCCGAAAAUAUUCCGCAAUCAGGAAGAUGAACAUUUCUAUGGCAACAUUAAUUUUGUAUCCUCAACGGAUUCUUUGCAGAAAAUGGGAGCCUCAAGUAUGACACCCGUACGUUAUAUGACUCCCCUACAUAGUCGCAAUAACAGCAACAUUUCCGAAUCCUCGGCUCCAUAUUAUUAUUCCGAAUUGGCUAGCAGUCGGGAAUUGUUAAGUACACCCACAACGCUAAAUAAUCAACGCGAUAUCCAUGCCCAUGGUUCGAAUAUUGAACAUAUACACAAUCCCAUCGAUAGGCCACGUAACAUAAACGUAGAUCUCUUGGCCGAUAAAGAUCAGGCCAUAGAUAGUAAAAAUCUAUAUAAAAUGAAAACUAAUGUGGAGAAGCUUAGUUAUAGUUCGGGUAAAAAUUUAAAGACCGGUGAACCGUUUCAACAACUUGGCGGUGCAUGUGGGGCACAGACAUUCCAUAUACAACAAAUACAAAAUCCCGUUAUAAAAAUUAAUAACUAUCAGACGAGUAAUUUAAUUUAUCAACCCAAUAACACCAUUACACCUUCGGCAACAACAAAUUCCAAUACAAUUGGCGGCACAGCUGCGACUUCUCUAGCAGCAACCGCACAACCCAAUGUUAUGUUGGGCGCCACACCACAUCAUCACACCACGGUAACGGGUACUAAUUCGGGCAAAAUGGAUAAAAACAUAAAUUUACAAAUGCUAAAUAACAAUGCUUUGGGUCUGGCGGCAACAGGUUCAACGGCAGUUAUGACCUCCAUGAAACCUUCCAAUAAUAAUAAUUUGGAAAAAUCUACAGUUUUAGCUAAUCCCGUUAGUGGCGGUGAACUUCUGUGGGAGGAAGAUACAUUGUGGCGUGAAAGUUUACGUCGAGUAUCGCAGAGGCAUGCACGAUCUCUAGAUGAUCUGGAUCGUAUUGUAAUACAACCACGUGGUAAUAUAAUGCCAGUGGCAAAUCGUAAAACCCAUCGUCUAUCACGGGACGUUACCUAUGUCAACGACAAUUCAUUAAAUCGUGAACCAUUACCCACAACUAAUGAUCAUGAUGUUUAUGUACAGCUUAAUGAAAAUAUGCUGAAUGCCAAUGUUGGUGAUAUCACCGCCGAAAUGUAUGAAGUCCUGCGCGAGGAAACUUCGUCGAAUAUAUCAUCAACUAAAUCGACAGAAAUUGAUCGGGAGACAAUACGUCAAUGGGACUCGAUGUCAAGUGGUCUAAUGAAAAAUAAUAAUAACAAUGAUAAUGUGGUAGCCGCUGCAGCAACAACAACAACAAAUGUUGGCAGUAAUAUUAAGGCAAUCAUUCAACAAUUGAAUGCAACAUGUGAUAAUGAGGCUUCCAUAUCCGUGCGCAAUGUCAAAAAUUUACCCAUUGGAAAUUUGACGGUGAAACCAGAUCCAUCUGAUACACUGUUGCAUCGACAAAUGGACCUGUACGAUUAUGAACAAAUGCAACAAUUGGAAAAUUCCUAUUAUGGUACCACACAAGAUAUGAAGUAUGCGAAGACGACAAUGUUAAAUGAUCGCAGUUUGAGUGGUAUUGGUGGUGGUAGCAGUUAUGGUAUUGGCGGUGCCGGUGGUUAUCUUACAUCGACACCAUUACAUGCUAGUAAUAGUAACAUUGGUAUGGGCCUUGAUUAUUUGGGUAAUCUUGAUACAACGGCCGGCCAUAAUAUUUACGAUAUGCAUAAUCAAUAUCAGCAGCAGCUACAUCGCAUGUAUCAACAGCAACAGUUGCAACAGCAAAUGGCCUCGGCGGCAUAUCCAAUGCGUCGUUAUGGUAGUCGGGCGGAAAUUGAUAUUUUGGAACGUGAAACAAGUUCACAAAUUAGGAACCGUUUGCUAACCGCUGAAGGAUUAACUCGAGCCGAAAGCAUACAACGACUGGACUAUUUGAAACAGCAUCUACUUGACUUGGAGAGACAAUAUGAAAAGAGUAAACCAUUGGUUAACCUAGUCGAUAAUAUGGUUAAAUUGGGUUCCCUUUAUCGUAACGAUGCCUUGGGCAGAACUUCAACAACAGCAAUAACACCACGUACUGAUCCAGUGUCAUUGGAGCGUUUGGAAUUCAAUCAAAGGAUCCAAGAGAAACGUCUACUGCAAGAGGAACAACAACAAUGGGAUCGUUUGGAACCGGAUAAUAAUGAAUUGCAGUCCAAAGUUGCUCAACUCUAUCAUUUAGAUCAAUUACUGCAAGAAGAAUCUGGCACUCUGCAGAGUUUACAACGUGACAAAGAAGAUUUGGAGAGGGCUUUGGGUGGCAUUAAGGCUCGCAUUCAGGAUACCCGUGAAACACCCAUGGCCUUGGAAGCGGCCAAAAAGCAGCAGCAUUUAUUGGAACGUGAGCUAUCUCGUGUCCACCAAUUGUUGGCCGAGAACUCAAAGAAACUUGAAAUGACCGUUGCCGGUAAUACACGCCUUGAACAGGAACUUCUCAUACUAAGGCAAAAACUAACCCGUGGCAGUCAAGUGAAAAUAUCCGAUACCUAUGCCAGCAAUACAACAGCCAUGUUGGAGUCCGAAUUGAAACGUGUUCAGAAUCUAGUCGGUGAUAUGCAACGACAACGUCAGGAAUUGAGUCAGGCUGUUAAACAACUAACCGAAAAUUCCACGAAACUCUAUCAGGAAAUCGGCAAUAAAGAUUAUCUGAGAAAUGCCGAACCGGGAAGCGGUAGCAGCAGUUCGGGUGGCAAUGGUAGCAGCUCUGGCGGAGGUAGUAUAAAGAAACGUACCAAUUCAGGUUGCUGGUUCGAAACUGAUUUGGAUUCCAUGACUAGCGUCAAUCGCGGUCUUAGCGAUUCAAGCAUGAAUCUGUCGACACCAUUGUUUGUCGACACAAAUAAUUCCAGCGGUGGUCAUUUAUUGAAUAGUUCCUCGACCUCGAGCAAAUUGAGUGAUUACAAUACCGGUGAUAGUAUGCUAAAUGAUUCACAUCGUCGCGGAGGCUCAUCGAACGCCUCGUAUCGUUACAAUGAUUCUAGUGAUAAUUUAGAAACUAGUGGUGUGGAUAGUGAUGGCUUCUUAGAAUCGAAUCCCUUUGCCAAUUUGUCGCAACAGGAAAAACAAGAAAUUAAAACUGUACGCAUUGUUAAGCGCGAAUCGGAACGUAGACAUCGUGAUCGUAGUGAACGUUCGGGUCUUAGUAAUUCGACACAGAAUCUCGAUCAAGUCAUGGAAGAAGAACAGUAUGGCCUAAUGAACGGUAGCCUGGCUGCGGCUGCUGGUGGUAAUUAUCACAAUGAAGAAUAUAAAACAAACGAAAGAUCCAAAUCAUUGCCACGUACAUACAGCGAACCACCCAAAUCAUCCAGACAUCAUCAUCGUCAUAAGCAUGGCAGUACCAAUAGCCAUCAUAAUACUGCAUCUUAUGGUUAUGAUAAGAAUAGUAAUUAUUCGCAUCAAAAUCAUGCUGCAGCAUCAAGUAAUGGUCAUGGUUCAGCUUCAGCUCGCGAACAUUUAAAUCCUCUAGCUAAUGCCUAUUUUGCAAAACAAAUGCAACAGGGGGGUCAUUCUACUUCUACAACCAACACUAUCGCCACAUCUUCUUCCUCCUCUUCUUCUAAUAACCAUCAUUAUAGCACUUCUUCACACUCACGUCAUUCAUCUCAGAGUGCUUUGCGUCAGAAAACCGAAUCACAGCAAAGCCUCAAUAAAAGUCUUAGCGAUUUAACGCCAUCCUUCCAAAGUGAAGUGGCUAGACAAAUAAUGAAUGAAAUGUCUGCAGGCUCAGCAUCCGAGGAUACGGAGAAAAUUGUUGAAAAGGUGCCAUCACAGCAUAAGCAUCGACGUGCUGUGCCCAAGGAGAAGCGAAGACACUACACAGCACCGAAUAAUGUGGUAAAUGUUAAGUCAGCCGAGAAUGGUCAUUCCGAGAAUGAUAUGAAUAAAAAUAACACAAAUUGGCGUGCCCGUGAUGAUUUGGACAUGGAGGUGGCCUUGCGUCCUCGCAUUAAUGCUCCCGAUGUUGUACGCUCAGCCCUGCGUCAUGGUGAAAAAAUAUCGGAAAACACAAUUGAUAAUUUACUAUUGGCUCCCAAUAAGAUUGUUAUACCAGAACGUUAUAUUCCUGAAACGACGCCUGAAUUAUCACCCGAAGAGAAGAAACGUAGACAAGAAAAAGUGGAAUCGAUUAAGAAAAUGUUAUCGGAGGCACCAAUUGCAGCAAAUGAUACGGCAGCUAGUCUACCACCAAGUAAAAUAAACGAAGAAAAGAAGCAACGCGAACAUCUGCUGCAAAUGAAUCAAAUUUUGGCCCAACAAGUGAUGCAAAUGAGUAAAAUAGUGGCUGAAAAAGCGAUGUCUAAAACUGGCAAUGGCGAAAUGGAUGGCGAAGGCAAUAGUCACGAUUCUAUAUCACAACGUGGCAAUUCAGAUGAUGAUAAUGAUGAUGGUCGAAAAUCGGAAUCGCCAAGCGAACCACUGCCUAUAUAUCAGAAAUGAGAUAAUUUCUAUUCAUAAA